AUGAUAUAUGGGGUGAAUGAGAUGAUAACAGAGAUGGUGCUCCGGCACCUUGAAAAUCAAGGGUCUCCUGAGCUUAGUAUUUAUGGGAGAAGUCCUGGAGGGACAAUCGAGGCUGAAAAGACUUGCGUGGUGGAGCCUGAUCGGGGCAAGUGGGUAGUCAAAUCGGCAUUUGGGAUCGUGAAGCAUGGUGGUGUGACCCCCAUAAAUCUCGGUAAAUCUCGGCCACCGCCCUGA